AUGUGGCAGGAGAACUCCAGCCUGUUCGGACACCCACAAUGCCAAGAGUGGGUGAACGGCACGGAGGGCGCUCUGUACCAGCUGGGCAACACCCUCCUGAUGCUGGGCUACAUGGGAGGGAGCGGCGUGUUCGGGGCGCUCUACAUCUUCAGCUUCCUGGCGCCCUCCUUCCUGUGCCACGCCCUGUGGGGCUGGCUGACACUGUGCGGCGUGGACGUGUUCGCCUGGAACGUGCUGCUGGUGGCGCUGUGCGGGCUACAGCUGGCCCACCUGCUGCUCCGCCUGCAGCAGCACGCCUUCCUCCCCGGCGAGCUGCGCGGCCUCUACGCCGCCGUCUUCCGGCCCCUCGGUGUGCCGCCCGACACCUUCAAGCAGGUGGCCCGCGCCGCUGACAGCCGCGUCCACUCGCUGGGCGUGGACGAGACCUACGCCCUGGAGGGGAAGACACCCAUCAACCAGCUCUCGUUCCUGCUGUCCGGGAGGGUGCGGGUGUCCCAGGAGGACCAGUUCCUCCACUAUAUCUUCCCCUAUCAGUUCCUGGACUCCCCUGAGUGGGAGUCUCUGAAGCCCAUGAAGGAGGGGACAUUCCAGGUGACCCUGACGGCAGAGACAGAGUGCCGCUACGUGUCGUGGAAGAGGCGGAAGCUGCAGCUGCUGCUGUCGAAGGAGCGCUACGUGGCCCGGCUCUUCUCCGUCAUGCUGGGCAGCGACAUCGCCGACAAGCUCUCCACGCUCAACGAAAGACUCCUCGCCAAGGCCGGACAGCGCGUGGACAUACGCCUGCAGAGCCUGUGCUACGUCCUGUCCCCCACCCCCUCCCCCAGGCAGGGGCGUGGCGAUGGGCAGGGCCUGGGCGGGGCUGCAGACUCUGACCCCGCCCCACCAUCCCCUGAGCCAAUCCACUCAGACUCACCCCCGGGGGACAGUUCACCCGAGACUCUUCCCACCCGUUUCAAGAGGCGCAGGGCCCCACUAGCACCCACGGACACACCCGAGCUGUGACCCCAUCCCUGUCCCGCAGACUGUACAGGAGAAGCAGGGUGGGGCCCGGCACAGUGCAGCCCCAACCCUCCCACUUCUACUAUAAUAACCACACCCACAAAAAGGGUGAUGCAAUGUGAUAAAGUGACUGCUUUCUCUAGUCUCUCUCACCAGGCUAGCGUUGUGCAGUGGUUCACUGUGAUUCACCUUUAAUUUGCCUGGUUUAAUUGGUUGGGUUUAAUUGGCUCUGGAGUUUCCACACCAGAGCUCAGCUCACAGAGCAGAUGUUAUAGGGUCAACACAGGUUCAUCGUGAACAGUAAAGUUUCCUCCAGGUAAUGUUACAACAGUACCAAAAUACAGUUAACAUGAUUUCUAACAUUUAACACUGCAAAGAGACAUUGUAGUCAUAGAACUGUUUAGUAAAUUACUUUCAUUUACCUGAAUUGUAAGAGCAAUGCAAACUAGAAACAUAAUACUGAAAUAAAUGUUACUGAUGAUUUAAUGAAUCUAUAAAAUCUUUCAAAGCGUGCCGUAGCUACAAUAGCUAUUCACCCAGGUGACCAGAUAUGUGACCAUCAACCACUUCCUGUGCAGGUGACCUUGAUAGCUUUCUGACUAUUUAUUUAUAGUGCCCUUGCAACAAAGUUAGGAAAAAACAAUGCAAAGUCACACCACUAAUUAUCAUGGGCUUAGUAAAAUACUAACUCUGGUCCACUAAUCUGUACAAUAUAUGGAUGCAUCAGUUUCAUUCUCGGUACCUUCUAUCAGCAGAAUGAGAUCACAUUAAGGUCAGGUGAUCAGUGCAGUUUGUUCUGAGCUGAAUGCCUGGGUAUCUCCAGUUUGCUGCAGACAAGCACAGGAGCAUUAGUCGAAGGUUUGUAAUAGAAAGAGAGUGAGAGACAGAGAGAGAGAGAGGGAGAGAGAGACCCUGAGAACCAUAUUUGGAGGUAGGAGAGAAAGAGACCUGAGGACCAUGUUAGGAGGAGACAGAAGGGACAGAGAGAACUCAGACUGUGUCAUUACAGUGAUUACUGAUGCAGCUCCCACGA